AUGAAAAAACCAUAUACCGAUUCCGGAACAAAGGACGUUAGACACUGCUGUGAAUCGAAGCAGAUAGUUUUCAUUGUAGGCUUAGGGCUCUUGCACACGAACGUGCGAUCCGCCGACCGGCUGUUCCACCGACCGGCAAGAAAAUCGGAAGAUGUUAUUUUACCCACAUUCGAAUACAACUUAACACACUUGCCGGUAGCGGCUAGUCUGCCGACCGGCCGCCGUUCAUAUUAA